UAUUGGCGGUAUUCGCCCGUGGGCUUUGCCAAUUCAGCAGCGGAGUGCGACAUGAUUGUGGUAGAGCAACAAGGGAGGGAGAGAAGAGACCAAUGUUGCGAAGAAGAAGAAGAAGAAGAAGGGAGAGGAGAGGGAUGAAGAGGAUGAGGGGGUGGGGUAAUGGGGAAGUAAUUAUAGCAGGAGCUUGUACGGGGUCGGCUUCUGCCCCCCCCGUGGCGUCAACUCCCCACGCUUUCCCCACGACCGCCCCCACACCGAGGGUGGGCGAGCGGCUGUUUCCUUACCCGAUGCACUCUAGGCUUCGCCUCUUCCCCUCUUUCCCCCUCCACAAUCGUAACGGACUGCCGGAAGCUUCACCAUCUAAUGAACUCCUACUCCGUACUCUCUCGACUACUCUCGACAUACCCGUCGGAUAACUGUAUCUAUCCCCAGAGUCGAUCCAACAAUCUCACAUCAACUCCCAUCAGGCCACUCCCCCUUCCCCUCACCUCCCCGACGGCUCUGAUUA